AGCGGCCCAUCAACAAGCGAAACACGAUAAGAUGAUCUUCUAAGUUGUAGUAGUGCGCCGACAUUAGCCUAGAACAUACCCACGACUACCCUGUUUAACGUGAGUUCUGAACAACCUCUUUCCGAAGUUCGCUUUUCACAUGAGAUUCUGUAAUGAACAUGAUGAAAUUGAUUCUGAUGCACUUUAUAGAAGUAGUUAUAGAGAUGAACUUGAGUAGUUACUAGGCAACCACCCGCCGUACCAACUACGCCGAAAAGGCGGGUACUACUGUUUUAGCAAUCUGCUUGAACAGAUCGAAAAUGAAAAAGAAAAUCAGAGCAUUGUUACAUCACGACGUCCACUCUGAAAAAAAAAAUUAGUUUAGGAGAACAACAACAAACCAUAGAAAAACGCGAACAAAUAAUUCACCGUCUACCUCAUACUCACCGACAGAAACAAACAUAGAUCAAGAAGAUGAUCACCUUGAUGCAGGUAAUCUGGGGGUUUCUCGCCUCCCUCGUGGUCCUCUUCUAUGUGUCGAUGGAUCACGACACGGCCCUCUUUUACUCCCCCGGCGGCGGGUCGACUUCGUCCAGCUACGGCGGCGGCAGGAGUGGGGCAAGCGGCUCCUCGUCCUCUGGAGGAGACGCAGCCUCCGCGGAGGAAGCGCUGUAUGAAAGCCUCAGUUUGGAAAUCCUCAAAGUGGAAAUAAUUUGUAAUGCAAAAAAACGACUUCAGUUGAAGCGCCAUUUGUAGUCGGCGCAUGACAAAUUUCCCGGGCACUCAAAACGUGUCUGUCAUGCUAGUAGUUAGGCAAAGGGGUGCACUUCUCUCGUGCUAAUCAGCACUCCAAUUCUUAACCCGUAGGACGACAAUAGUCGGCUUUCAUUGCAUCCUCUGCAAUACAGUCUUUUUUGCGUCGCAUUUCAUGCAUCACAAAUUAUUUCCACGUUGAGGAUUUGCAUUCUGAGGCUUUCAUACGCUUUCGGCGCGGGGUUUGAUGGCCGGGAAGGUGUGGAAAGAGUCUUUGAAAAACCAACUCGUGCGGUUCCCCGACCCAAUGAAAACACACCCGGAGCUAAUCAAAUUUCUAGAGCAGGACAGCAAGAACAUUGGUGAUAAUGCAAAAUUAGGACCAGAUGCUGGCACAACUGCAGUAUCAUCUGCUUCACGGCGAGAAGAGAUGAAAAAGCGGUUGAAUUUGGUACAAGUCACCUCCUCUUCCGCGGGGAGAAAGGGAAAUGCCGCCGAAGUAGACGACGAAGCGAGUAAAAAAGCGGCCGCGGCAUCAACUAGUUCUUCUUCCUGGUGGGGCUCGGCUGUGCCGGUCAGCGAGUACGAGAAAGAGCAGGAAGCGCGACUGGAAGUUUUAAAGCAGUUCAACUAUGAUGUGACAGUUUUGGAUUUUGAAAACGGAAACUUCGGGCUCGGGGUGAAAAACGGCACGGUGAUUGGAUCGCUACUGGAGGUCCCAUAUCAAAAGGAAAAAUCCCCCCUCCCCAUACUCAAACGGUAUAUUUUUGAAAAUUUGUGAUGCUGGUUUGUGGUCACAGAUCGAGUCUGUCUUGCAAGAAGGCAACUUUGCAGGCUCCGCCGCAUUAUGCAGGCGGUUUGUCAUGCUGCGGGGCCUAAAGCGUGGAUGUUUUUCAAGCUAAGCGCCUAGGCCAAAACCUCUCUGCUCACACUUGGCGCGGGCCUGCAGUGCUCUCCAGCAAGACAGCGCGGAUUUGUGUACACAGAUCCAGCAUCAGAAGUUUCGUUUUGAUAUGGGGAGGGGGGAUCUUUCCUCUUGAUAUCCCCGCGGAGUUCGCCAUUUCCGGGGAGCAAAACGGAGACGAUUCGUUUUUCCAGAAUUUCAAAUUCAACUCUAUGACUUGCUCAAAUGUUACAACCUCAAACGUUACAAUAGAAUCUGGAAUUUGUGUUGCAUGAUGAGCAUGACAGACUCGCACAGCGUUCCACCUUUUGCAAUACAAAUUUCGCCAGAUUGUAGUGGGGUUUCUUGGGGCUGCGGAACUUGUCAUGCGCAAUCCUAUGAGAGUUUGCUGCAUCAUGCACUCUUGCAUCACAGAUUUCCAUAUUCUAUUGUAACGUUUGAGAUUCUAACACCUGAGCGGGUUAUAAACUCCGACGAACACGCGGCGAUUGCGCAGUUGGCCGCCACGUUUUGGGCGCCGAAUGCGGUGGCGCAACAUAAUCGUCAAACCGAUAUUCUGAGUAAAAACUACGUCCCUACCCCAUGGCUGUCGUGCAAAUCUGCAUCCCAAAAAAGUUUCUCAUGCGGAGCCCCAUAAGAAGCAUUUUCUAGCCGCUUUGUGGGAUUGGUGAUGCUAGAAUCAGCAUCAUAAGCUAGAUCUGUGAUGCUGCUGAACUAGCUAAAGAACAGGUUGACGCUACGAGGACAUCAAGCUGACUUGUCUAGCGAAACAACCAAAGCUUGCUGGUUUGUCUAGCAGUUUUCCCAUCUGGACUCUGGUCGUGUGGGGACGUUUUUAGUCAGGAUACUCGAGAGCACCAGCAAAAAACUGGACUCAACCAGCACCGCCGCAGACGGAUCUUCGUCGUCGUCGUCCACGGAUCAGGUUGAGGAAAAAUCUUCCGAACAACAGGGUCCAGCCAAGCACGACUACAGCCAGUACGCCGAAAAGAUGCGGGACACUCUGCUUCCCAUCCUGCCAAAGCUCGAUUGGCACCGGACCCGGGGCAUUUUCGCGAUCGACCGGGAGGAGUUUAAAAUCAUUGCGAAGGGCACCAGCAUGGAGAACUGGCAAAACGAGGCCUUGCGGGUAACGGACGAGGUGCUUAUGAAUUGCAAAAGUACUAGCGUACUGGUGGUGGUAAAAAACUGCAAUACAAAUUAGGUCAGCAAGACAAAUGUUAUGUAAUUUGUCAUGCUGCUUGAGCUUGGAAUAAAAGGGAUUUGUCAUGCACUUGUGCAAUUGCAAUUGGUGCUUACCAGUAGCAGUGCGACACGUUUGCAAUGCAUAGUGCUUGGUGGAUUGCAUUUGUUUGACGAGUACCGAAACUUGACGAUGGACCAUAUUCGCUGGGCGUAUCUGCUGUGGAAAGCACACUCUGUCGAGGUGGUGGAACUAGAUGACGGCUCGGACGACUACGACUUCUUGCAAGGGUUGCAGAAAAUCUACUACCGACCGCCAAAGCCACUUGAACAUAACGAUGAAACCAUGACAGAAGGGCCUGACGGGCAUGACAGCACCACCGGCGCCGGUGGAACUGCAGCCGGCGGUGUAACAACUGAAACCGCAAGCGGCAAGAAAGACAAUAAAGACGAAGACAGCAGCAGCUCUUCCACAGAUAAGAAAUCGUCCAAAAACAAAUCCAAGGAUAAGAAAUCGAAGAAAAAGAAGGAUAAGAAGAAGAAAAAGGACAAGAAAAACAAGGAAAAGGAGAAAGAUUCUACUUCGUCAUCUACGGCGGGAGACAGCAAAGACGCAACUACUUCUUCGACUUCUGAUACCGUCACGACAACCACGAGUUUAGGUGGAAAUAAAAAGCCCGCGACAAAAAUCGACCGACAGGAGCUAAAUUUGUACCAGAAAAAGUUUUUCCGAGCGGUGAAUAAUAAACCGAAGAAGAAAAAGCGCGUUUUCCUCCCGGCGACCAUUUUCAUCCGCCCGAAUUUACAGGGGAAUGUCGCGGUCACGAAAAUUAUGUCGACGUCCGAUGACAACAACAAGGGCUACUACAGCCUCGUAGUCGGCUCCAAAAUCACCCAGAACACGUACGCGUCAUCCCCACUUUACAGCCGGAUGAACCACAACUACCACUACCCGAAUGUGCACACCACGCUGCAGACGGGGGAAGAAAUCUUCACCCACGCCCCGGACUUGACCGACGCGAGUGCUUUGUGCUUUUACGGGGUGUGGUUCACCAAGAAGCACCGGAUGUUCGUGCAGCUGCCCUUGCCGAACAACAUGAGCACGGUAAACUUCAUUCCCACAGAGGAUUAUCUGUACUCAAAAAUGUUGCGUGGUGCAAGUGGUAGAGCCGUGUCGGGUCGUGAAGAUGGAAGUGGGUCGGUGAAGAAUAGCACUUCUGACGAUGAUUCGUCGUUCUUGAACAAGACAUCCAGUGAAGGAGCGGAUGCCGUCGAAGGUAUUCAGGAUGUUGCUGGAGACGAUUCGUCCAGCGGGGGCCCGGACGGCGCAAGUAGAACGGUGACCUCGAACGGCACAACGUCUUCGAACGACACAACCUCCAGUGAAAAGAACAGCCUGAGUGGGGCAAAUAAAAACACUGCUGAAGAUAUCGCAAGAAAAAAGUGUGACAGUUACACAUGGUGCUGUUGCAGGCCAAGCAAGACAGACAAGCUCUGUCAUGCCGGAUAUGCAUACAAGCCUCGUUUCAUAGGUGUUUUCCCGUAGGAUUUCUGCAUUACAAGUUUUCUCACUCAUGCAGAGAAAUUUGCGUUGCUGAUUUCACUACAAAUGUGUAACUGUAACACUUUUUUCGUGGGAUAGAACAACAACAUCUUGAGGACGCGACGCAGUUUAUCCAGCAAAACCAGGACUUCUACAACACCUUUUACAAGUUUUUCCUCGAAGAAACCUGCAAUUACAACCAGCAGACGAAAACCUGGGGCUUCCACUUGACGGGCUCCUUAGAAACGUUCAACACCAAGCACGUGGCGAAUCCCCCUCUCAGCAGCUACCGGGACUUCCAUGGCUACCGUGACCACGAUAUUCGGGCCUUCUACACCGCAGCGCUCGCGCAAGCGAUCCGCAGCAGCCGGGCGGAAGCGGAACAGGAAAAGAAUUCGAAGCUGAAUAAUUACAACAACGAUAACAACUACAAUCGAGGUAGUGGUGCUGCUCAACAUAUUUCGUCGUCGUCGUCUAGACCACCACAUUUGCAAAAUCCAAAUCCUCAACAAAAUGAUCCUGAGCCGCUCUACAGCUUAUGAACUGCAAAAGCAUUGCACUCGUACUAAUUGCAAGCAUGCAUGACAAAUCAUCUUCCUAAGGUAAAACAGCAUUACAGAUCCCAUUUUUAAUGCGGAGGGAAUUUGUGAUGCUAUUUAUACUAGUGCGCUGCUUUAUUUGAAGUUCAUACAGCUCGUUGGUCAACCAGGACGAUGAAUCUACGAGUUUCAAUACCAAACAAAAAAGUGUUAACGUUAACGGUUUUCAUAGAUUGCAAAUAUGCAUCACAAAUUUUGCUUAGCAUGCAUGCUAUGCAUGAUAAAUUUGGGCACGUUUUGUGGUGCAUUACUGCAUCACAAGUUAUUCCGUUAACGCCAACACUUUUUCCCGUGAUAUUCAAAACGAUGAGCGCGUGCCUACGGUUCAUGCUGUACCCGAAGAAGAUGAAGAAAAUUUUCAACCAGUUCAUUGCGAGUCUUUUUGUACCUGUUUCGAAGAAGAUGAAGAAGAUGACGACGACCAGCACCGCGAAUAAAAUUGCAGGUGGCAAUAUCAAGAAGAAGGACAAAAAUGUUGAAAAUAGUUCAUCUGACAAUGCCGAGUUUCGGCAUUUGUUGAAACAACAGGCUUUCAAGAACUCCAACUCGCUCGCGCAGUCCUUAGCCCAGUUUGCCGCUUUUGACCCGACUUUGUCGUUGGCGAAUUCGGACCCGAAAUUGGAGGGGUCGAUCAUCCUGGAAGCGUAUCAAAUGUAAAAGUGUCUGGGUCUGGAAGAUAAAGAUUGCCAGGCUUGUCAUGCACGUUUUGCAUGACCCAUGACGUCUGUGAUGCAUGCCCUAGCAUCACAGAUUUUCUGAGGGCCUCGCGAUGCCUAUUCCGCAUGACAAAUGCCCUCUCCGCGUAGCAAAAAUUACACUCCCUUAUUUACUGCUUAUGCAAUACAGAUUUUUUUGGAAUCCAAAUUCAGCAUCACAUUCCAGACCCAGACAUUUUUACAUUUGAUAAAGCGGCGAAACUGGUGCAGCCGAAGCUGGAGGAGCUGUUGACCACGAACAAAUAUGCAUUGCAAAAGUAUCGUGCUCGUACUAAUCGCAGUCAUGCAAUACAAAUUUACUUCUCAAGCCAAAUCCACAAGGCAAAUUUCAUUUCUCAUGCUCAGCAAAUUUGUCAUGCGAUUUUUACUAGUACGAUGCGUUUGCAUUCUUGCAUAUCAAGAAAAUCCGCAUGAAAUUCGCGUCGGACUACGUCGCGAAGCGCCCAACCGCGAAGGUCCGGGAGGCGGAGAUCAUUCUGCAGGUGCAAUUGCUCAAACUGAUCAAUGACGCGGCGCUAUUGACGGAGAAUCAAGAUUUGUACGACAAUUUGAUGCUCGCGGUCUACUACAACGAGGGCAUGCUGAAGGAAACCGAGGAAGCAGUAUCAAAUGCAAAAAUGUCUGGGUCGGGGAGGAUGGAUCUUGUCAUGCUAAAGCUGAAUCAUGCAAGAAAUCUGUGUUGCGUGAUUACCAACAGCCGUCGUUUUUUACCAAGUUGAGAGGGAUUUUCUCAUGCAGGAUAGGCAUGCUAGAGGUCCCACAGAGUUUGUCAUGCUAGGCGCUGCAUUCCAGACCUCAUGAGUCAUAGAAAACCUGCAUGACAAUCUUCCAGACCUCCCAGACAUUUUUACAGUUGAUAAGCGGUGCCAACGCUUUACACCAAAUACGACAAAUUUGUCAGCAACGUGAAGACCGUUCAGGAGAAAGAGCAGGAAUUUGUAAAAAAGAAGAAGGAGGAGAAGGAAGUGGAGCUGUUAUGAAAAUGCACAACUCCCCCUCCCCCUCAUUUAUCAUGCAAAGUGCCUAAAGAUUUACGCCUUGGUUCUUAGCACUGUUUGCAUGACAAGUUUUGGUAGCCCAAAUAGCACUCUACUCCAGUGCAAAUUUGUCAUGCAAAACCGGCAUUCUUGCUGAUGCUUGUACGAUUGCCGCCCAUGCUAUACAAAUCAGGGGGAGGGGGAGUUGUGCACUGUUAUAGGUGUUUGGCGAGAUUCAGAAGGAAGGGGCGGAUUACAACUUGGAUGGCGAACUACAGGACGAUACUGUUUUAGAAGACGAAAGUAUCAAAGCGGAAGCGGAUGCUGAAGCUCCUGGCACAUCAACCGAAGAACAUGAAGAGGCCGAAGCUGGUGGUAAUAGAAUUACGCGGGACAUCAAAGAGGACAAGAUGAAGGACAAUAAAUCAGAGGAAUCCGAAGACGAGACAACAGACAGCACGACUCCACCUAUUGCAGCUGAUGAAGGGGGCCUCCACGCUAAAACAAGUACAAGAAAAUCAAAAUCUUCCAAGCGCCGACGCGGGAAGAAAGAUCGGAAGCAGGUGAAGACCGAAACUGACAAUCUCGACGAGGAGGUGGAAGAACAGGCUGACGGCGCAAACGACAGUGGUGAGGAGGUUGUGAAAGGAAAAUCUGCAAAAUCUACUUCAAGAGCAUCUUCCGCAGACAAGAACAAACGUAGUCGUUCUCAGGAUCGUGACAAAGAUGUCGACACGGCGUCCGGCGAAGAUGAUGGUCUUCGUGGUGCUGCAAAGAAUGCAGAUGAAAGUGAAACUCCAAACGACCCUAAGCGCUCUUCAAGAAGUACCCCCGAGUCCGAGAAGGAGUCCAUCGCAGCACGCAGGAAGCUAUCCACAGGAAAUUUCCUGUACACGACGUACAAAUGCGGGCUCCGCAUGACAAAUUUGGGUUUCGAUCCUACUUUAGCAUGACACUCUGAAUUGGGCUUGAACUUUGUGAUGCAUCUUGUACAUGUGCGGGAAAUUUGUAUUGCAUAGAAGCGAAGCGAAGCGCUAAUGGCGCAGUUAGAGGCUGAGAACGAGGCGAGGAGGCUUGGCGAGGUGGUGGAAGAGGAGGACGUUAGUGACGUUUUGCGGAAAUUGCGGGAAGAGCAAGCUGCUGAGACGACCGGAGGCAGCAAGAGGAGCCUAGACGACAAGAAUCUUCCGAACAACAAUAAACGGGGUAAGAAAAAUAAAGGUUCUUCGUCCUCGAAAAACAAGAACCAACAAGGGAAUUCGAAUAAAAACCACGGGAGCGUCGACGCCAGCAGUGACAAUUCAGGGGCAGCUGCAGGAGGUGCUGGUAAUAGUUCCAAGAAGAAAGAUAACGGUACGUCGAAAAACAACAGAAAGAGCGAAGGUAAAAUGAACCGCAACGGCGGCAGUAGCGCAUCAACGUCCGACUCCGAUGGGAAGGCGGGAGCAACAGCAGGAGAAACUGGCGCAGCUAAUGGCGACGGAAAUAAGCGGUCCGCAGGAAGUGCUGGUGCAUCUUCAGCCUCUUCAGGGACCACGAGCAUCAAAACGAAAAAGGGUAACAAGCAGCAAAACGAGCAGGAUAGUAACCCGGAAGAGGAGCUGUUAGCGUCGUUUUCUGCAGAAGAACUUCAAAUGUUCCAAGCCUCCACCGCUGGGGUGCCUGGCAGUGCCAGUACGUCGUCCACCGGUUCUGCUGGGGCAAAGACCGCGAAGGCUGUGGGGGAUAGUGCUGCGUCGUCCCAGAAAACAAGCGCCAGUGGUAGUGGCGCCGGGGGGAAGAACGGGAAGAAAGCGGCGAAUGGAGGAGCCGGGUAUGAUGGGACGAGCAAGAUGAAAAACGGUGAAGAGGGACGCGAAGAUGCUGGGAAGAAGAAAGCCAACGGGGCUGCAGGGCCAGGGGCGGACGGUGAGACGAAGAAGGGUGCUGGGUCUGAUAAUACCUCGUCGACCAAGUCUUCCAAGAAGAAAAAUGGUGGCGCGAAGUGAAGAUCUGUUGACUACACAUGAUGGCGUCAAGGAGCUUCUUCAGUGACAAUAUCAGAUGAAGUAAAAGUACUAGUAAUUGAUGAAGAUGAAACAGACCCCAGUGUUGUACCAUUUGAGGCUAGAAAACUGAUGAUGAAGCACGCUAAGGAUGACACUAGAGUAGACGCAAACGAAACAUGACGAAGCAGCUACCUAUUAACGUCUAUUAAUUUCAGAAAGAAGGA